UAGAUGUGUGCUUGUUGUGAUCAGACGAACAGAAGGUGACACAAGCUGCGUGUGAGUGGGUAAACAGACAGAGGGGAUUCCUGAGCACUGCGCGAGGUGCGUUCACUGUACAUGUAAAUGUGACCGAGGUGCGUUCACUGUACAUGUAAAUGUGACCGAGGUGCGUUCACUGUACAUGUAAAUGUGACACUUCCUGAUUCUUACAGUACGGUACCGUGAGAGAUGCGCGUUGCAUUGUGGGGAUACAAACAGAGCGCAGAGGGGCGCACAAAGGAAUGAAAACAGCACCGAGGAAACUUUUAACUUCAGUCUGACGUGAAUUCAUGUGAGCGUUAAUCAAACUGGGACUUUUGGGCCGGCUGGCAGGCUGACAACUGCCCCCGAGGAGCUGCGGGGAAUGUGAGUGGUCGGAGCGAAGCGGCAGGGCGCACCGCUGUCUCCGUCUAUCGCUGCUUUUUGUCAGCUGAGCUGUUCGCAUCCCGAGGCCCAGCCCAGCCGCUAUCACGGGCCCUCGUCCCACAAGGACGCACUUCCUGUCCACAGUCAGAAACUGACUCCACUAUGGGGGUCAAAACCUUCAUCCACAGCUCGACCUCCCACAGCCAGGAGAUGCUGGAGAAGCUCAACGCUUUACGCAACGAGGGCCACUUAUGUGAUGUCACCAUCCGGGUCCAAGACAAGCUCUUCUUGGCCCACAAAGUGGUCCUGGCAUGCUGCAGUGAAUUCUUCCGCUCCAAACUGGUGGGCCGGCCAGAAGACGAAGACAAGUUUGUGUUGGAUCUCCAUCACGUGACCGUCAGCGGCUUCGCUCCUCUGUUGGAAUAUGCCUACACGUCCACCCUGUCCAUCAGCACGGAAAACAUCAUCGACGUUCUGGCAGCUGCGAGUUACAUGCAGAUGUUCACCGUGGCCAGCACGUGUUCAGAGUUCAUGAAGUCCAGUAUUUUGUGGAGUCCAGGUAACAACAACAACAACAACAACAGCAUGGCUGCAGACAAACCGCAUGAAUCAGCACCAGAGAGCGCCUCAUCAAACUGUGCCCUGAUGCCGCUGGAUGGCAGCGUGUCACCCGUUUCGUCUGACUGCAGCGUGAUGGAGAGAAACGUUCCUAUAUGCCGCGAAUCGCGGCGGAAACGCAAGAGCUUUGUAACGAUGGCAUCGCCUGAGAGUCCCCUCAAAUGCACUACACAGAUGGUCACCACUUCCCCUCAGAUCCCCAACCCAUCGCCUUCGUUCUCAGACAGCACAGCCCAGCCCGUGGAGUCCUCCCUGGCCUUCCCAUGGACUUUCCCAUUUGGUAUCGACCGGAGGUUCCACUCAGACAAACCAAAGCUGCCUGAGAGCCCUCGUUGUCUAGAGCAGGGCACCCAGGGGACCUCAGAGGUGGUAGUGGGCCGGCGGCUUAGCGACUUCCUGACGUGCGAGAGCUCCAAGGUGGUGUCAUCGCCAGUGGCGACAGAAGAAGAAGACGUGAGAGUGAAGGUGGAGCGUCUCAGCGAUGAGGAGGUCCAAGAGGCAUCCUCGCAGCCGGUCAGUGCCUCUCAGAGCUCGCUGAGCGACCAGCAGACGGUGCCAGGGAGUGAGCAGGUCCAGGAGGAGCUCCUCAUCAGUCCACAGUCCUCCUCUAUAGGGUCGAUGGAUGAGGGAGUGUCUGAGGGUUUGCCGUCUAUGCAGAGCACCUCCAACACCGGGGGACACGCAGAAGAUGACGAAAGGUUAGAAGGUAUUCAGUAUCCAUACCACCUUUAUAUCAGCCCCUCAGCCAGGCCCGGCACCAACGGCCCCGACAGGCCCUUCCAAUGUCCGACCUGCGGAGUCAGAUUCACACGCAUUCAAAACCUGAAGCAGCACAUGCUCAUACACUCCGGCAUUAAGCCUUUCCAGUGUGACCGCUGUGGGAAAAAGUUCACACGGGCCUACUCCCUAAAGAUGCAUCGGCUGAAGCACGAAGGUAAACGCUGUUUCCGGUGCCAGAUUUGUAGCGCCACAUUCACGUCCUUCGGUGAAUAUAAGCACCACAUGAGGGUCUCCCGACACAUAAUCCGCAAGCCGCGGAUUUACGAGUGCAAAACGUGCGGGGCCAUGUUCACCAACUCUGGCAAUUUAAUUGUACACCUGAGGAGUCUGAACCAUGAGGCAUCCGAACUAGCAAACUACUUCCAGAGCAGUGAUUUCCUCGUGCCCGACUACCUGAGCCAGGUACAGGAGGAGGAGGAGGCGCUGGGAGUCCAGUAUGAGCUAGAGGAGUCCCAACAUCACCCCGUGUACCCGGGCAGCACCUCCGCCUCCACCACCACUGCGGCCUCAUCCUCCUCCUCAGUCCAGAUGCCCGUCAUCUCCCAGGUCUCCUCCUCUACCCAGAAUUGUGAGAAUUCCUCCGGCUUCCUUUCACCCGAGCCCCUGGAUCCCCUGGAAGCCCCAGCAUCCCUCAAGAUGGACGCCGACGAGACGGCAGUCAUGACAGAGGAGACCAAGAUGGACAACAGUGUAGGAGGCAGUUCCCCAGAGGUGCUUGAAGAAGAGCAGCAGCAGCAUGCCCAGGCUAAGGAGCUGGCUUCCAUUACCAUCGAGUGAUUCAAGCCUUCUACUUGCCCAUCAUGUCUUAUUUUGCAGUCAUGUCAUAUGGGAAUAUAUGUUGAAACGCUUUGGUGGGUCAGAGGGACAAAGUUGGGACAUGGCCACAUGUUGAAACCUCAUCAUGUGAAGCCAUCGAGACGCCGUGAUUGAAGUUUUCUGAAGACUUCAGUCGCAACACAGAUGCACUUAAUCAAGUUCAUGUUUUACACCAAACCAAAUCCAGCAGUAAAUGAUGGUUUUCUUUGUUCUCUUCUGCAGUGAUGGUAUACUUUUCCUAAAGUUUACUGAAGAAACGUUCAAUAGGUCACAAAAUCAGUUCAGUCCACCAACACACCUGAAUUUCAAAGUAUUUAUCAAGUGAACAAUAUUUUUUAAAGAGUCAUUUUUAAGAAGGAUGUUUUUCUUUUGUUCCCAUAUGACGUGAAUGCAGCACGUGCUGAAGUCAUUUAUGUCUUAGCCAAUUUCAGGUUUGUUAAGUGCAAGCCUUGCCCUACUUUUGGAAAGUGCCUGAGAGUUCCCAUUUUAAACAAAGCAGCGCGUCGAGGAAGAAGAACAGUGACAAAUCAAGUCUUUGCAAACUGAGCUAAACAAAAAAAACAACCUUGUAUUUCAUUUGUAGUGAUAAUGCUAGUUUGUAUGAGCUAAGACUGUGUUAUUCCUUCAGUGCCGUCGCUAUAGGCAAACUGUUCAAUGUCAAUAUUAUCUAUAUUGCAAUAGCUUGUACUGUAGUUUUACUAUUUGAAUGCUGUGUAUGUUGGAUGUUGUGAACUAUGAUAUGUCAGGUGUGUGUAUGUGCAUUUCUUUUUAUCUAUAUUAAAUUUCAUUUUUAAAUGUUUAAAACUUGAAAUUAUAUUGACAGAGUAUUCCCACAAGAUGUUUGUGCAUUAUAGAAUAUUUCAAACUAAAAAUUUUUAUGAACACUGUUGUUAAAUCAAACCUCGCAUCUCCAAAAAAAACCUGAACUCCAGGAGUUCAGGAUCAGCACUGAUGCAUCUUUUAUUCUGAAAUCCAACCAAAUAAAUGACAAAACGAGACCUAAAUUUAUGUCACAUGAAAAACAUUUCAAAUUUGGAGUUACAAGGUUUUCUCACAACUACAGUGUUAUAUUCCCGAAUGGGCUCUAAGGCGUGGUAAUGUAGCCUGUUGCGUCCCAGCUGAAGUUUCUUUACGUCUGUGUUCUGAAUAUUCUGACAUGAGUUUCACAUUUUGGUCGUCAUGAUUUCCGAACAGGUACACUGCUGAUGUUCUUAGGCUAUUGCAUGACUGUUGCAGUGAUGUUUGACGUAGGUACAACAUGAUUGUCUUUUUUAAGUUUUAUCUUCGUGCGACAUCGUGGGUGACGAACCCAGAAUAUUACGUCAUCCCCAACGUGUGUGGAUGAACCACCAGCUUUCUGUUUCUUCCUUUCCUUUUACUUUGUCACAAAGGGAAAACCAACAUGUGAAAAUUUCCCUGAUGAAAAUUUCAGAAAUAUACUGUACGUCUGUAAAGCAGGAAGUAAUGUAAAGGUUAUGUAUGAUUGGCUGUCUGUGAUGGCCGGCGCUCAGUCAGAACAGAUGUUGAGUGUUCUGUGAUAAUAUUGCUUUAGAAGCAAUAGCAACAUACUAAUGUGUGAAUGCAAAUACUGUGAGUUAAAUCAUUCUAAAUGAUAACUUUAAAUAUAUUAUGUUAGGCAAGAGCAUAUCCUUCACCUUAAACUGAGAUCAGUUUGGCAGUUGUUUGAUUUCAUCGACUUUUUAAUGCUGAUCUAGAGUCAGUCUCCAGCUCCUGUUACCUGUGUUGUGCCAACAUGGUUGUAAUUGUGUCCUUGGACAUUGUUGUGCCUGUAUUUUGAGAAGAUAAUGAUGCCCAUGGUUAGAAUCCAUGAGUUGAAUGCUACUGACUGUGACUGGGUAUCUUGUUUAGUGAAAGUGUUUUUUUUUCUCCUCCCCCCGAAAGCAGUACAAACAGCCGACAUUAGGAUUAUCACAGUGGGAUGGAAGACCUCACAUACAGGGUUGAUUGUAAAAUGUAAAGGAUGAAUAUUGCUGUGUGUGAUGAGGGCAUCAAUAUGACCCAGUCCUGAUCAUUGAAAUUCACUGAGCUGUCUUAAUAAGAGCUCGUGGUCAAGCCUGUGCCAUCCUAUCAGUCACUUUUUUCAAAGUCGUGCCAUUUGCCCUUUUUAUCCGGGUAUAAAUCAUGCUUUUUCCUAUAGGACCAAAUGUUCUCUAUCUCAUUGGGGAUUUGCCAUGGCAAUCAGUAAUUGCACAUACUAAAAGAAAGAGAUAAUCAUUCGAAGUGGUCCAUGCUAUUUAGCAAAGGGGUCCUGCUGUUCCGCCCCUUAAAACACUGUAUGAUGUUGUGCAUUUAAGAGGCUAGCCUUAGUAAACGGACCUAUUAACUCUAGUUGCACAAUAUCAAAAUAAAAAAAAUAAAAAAAUGUUUUCUAUUCUCCAUUUGUAUGUCAUGCUUUUCAUCAGUUUUUUCUUCGGUGUCUGUACUCAAAAUGACUUUUUUAUAAUGAAAUGCUGCUGUUUGUUGAAACGCAAAGUGCCCAAAAUAUUUUUGUGAACCAAUGGUGUGCAAUAAAUGGACAGGUGUUGUUUUUUCAAAGUUUUAAUUUUGUCUUUGGAGUGGUGAAUUCUGUAACAAAAGUUUUUUUUUUUUUUUUUUUUAAAGAAGAAGAAUGUAUCAUUUAGUUUGAAUCAAAUGUGACUGAAGGUGACCCCAUUUGAUCUGUGAAACAAAGAACAAAAAGCUUUGAUAUCAAACAACCGGUUCUAUUCAGCUCCUUUCUGUUUGUUUUCUAAAGUCGCAUGUUCAUAUUGUUCUGUGAAGUGGAGAGCAUGUCUUCAGUUGGCGAUGCAUUCUGUCAAGGCCUUACUUGCCUUCCGACUCUUCAUCCGGCGUAGCUUCGAUCCGUUGUUCAGCAUGCCCUCUCUUCUUUUCUGUACGUUUUUUCCCCCUUUUUAUGUGCAAUGUUUUAAAAUAUCUCGAUUAUAUACAGGACAUGCCUUUUCAAUGUACACUUGAUGUUGUAUACGUUUUCCAGUCCUUUAUUUAAAAGUAUGAAAAUAUAAGAAAAAAUAACAUGGUAGCUCUUCAUAAUGGCAUAUAUAUUUUUGGUGACUUUUGUAUUAUGGUUGCUGUUUCAUGGCAUCUUUGGAUAUUCUUGUUAAAUGUGAAUAGAACAGCUUUGUUUGUGAGUAUGGGGGGCCUUGGUAGUCUUCACUUUGUGACUGUCUGCAGUGUGUGUAUAUAUAUAAAUAUACCGUAUAUACACUCAUACUAUGUUGCAUAUUCUUUAUACUGUAGGCUACUUGAUUACAACCUGCUUUGAGACAGAUGUUGUAUUUUGUGUCUUUGAUACUGUAUUUAAACUGUAGUUUGGAGAAACUGUACAAAAACAUCCCAGAUAGUAAUGCAACCUGCACAUUGUAUAGGGAGAAACUGACGUUUGUGGUGUUGAGUGUUUUAACUGGAUCAUAUUCCACAGUUGGCUGUUCAAAACUGACAAGACCACUCUGUAUUUUAGAGUUUAUGGUUGUUCUGAAUCUUUGCUAGUGUACUGGCUUUGCAGUCCUGUUAUUAAAAAAAGAGUUGUUUUUGUAAAAGUAUGAAUUGUAAAUAAAAAAAUCUAAGUCAGAAUAAGUCUAAAA